AUGCGCUCCUUGGUCUGGAAGGGGUGGAUCCGGGCGAUGAACGGGCGCGGGGUGUCAUCCUGCCUCCUGCGGGCGGCAGCCACCCUGUGGGCCCUGUCGACAGCCGGGGGAGAAGGAAAGGCCUCUGACCCAAACACCUCCUUCAGGAACACCUCCAUAAAGGCGGUUGGCUGUGAGCCCUCAAUUCUCUCAGCGCUGGACCCCGGAGACGACGGCUGGUCGAUGAGCGUGCAGCCGGAGGUCCGGGCCAUAGAGGGCUACCCAGUGGUGCUUCCCUGCACCUUCAGCCACCCGCAGCACUCCAAGCACUCAUCCCUGCAGCUGCUGUGGCGUCUGGGCCACGGGCCGGCCGCCUCCGUCCUGUUCCGCUGCACCAGCCGGCCCGGGGUCCCCAGCUGCAAGCCGGGCCCCCAACAGGACGAGCGGUACCGGCUGGAGGGGAACCCACGGGAGCACGACCUGUCGCUGAGGAUCAACAGCGUCGCCCUGCAGGACAGCGGGCGCUACUACUGCCGGGUGGAGGUGCAGGGCCGGGAACACGUCAGCUUCGAGGACAAGAUGGGGACCCUGCUCAGAGUGGAGGCCCCUCCUAAGAUCCUCUCUCUGUGGGUGGAGGGCAGCCAGCAGUCCGGGUUCACCGCCCUGUGCCGGGUGCAGGGCUCCCCGGAUCCAGACGUCCAGUGGCUGGGCCCCGAGGAACUGCUGGAGGGGUCCUUGCUGGAGGGGUCCCACCCCCUGGCUCAGGGCUCUGGGGCCGCCUACCACACGGUGAGCCAGCUGAGGGACGUGGCUCCGGGGCAGCAGUACACCUGCAGCGCCUCCAACCCGCUGGGCAAGGACCAGGCCGCCCUGUACGUGCUGCCCCCCCGACCCACGCUGCAUGUGGGCGGGGCCUCGCCUCCCCUGCUGCUCCUGCUGUCCCUGUCUCUGGGGGCCAAGGUGCUCCUGCUGCUGGGGGUGGGGGUGUGGGCGGUGCACGGGGUCCGCUGCUGGAGGAAGUAACCUGCUCUUGUGUUCCUUUAUCCCUGCCCCCCCCCCCCCCACCCCUCACUGUGGGGGUCUGUUUUAACUAGUCUUACUUUAACACAAAAGCCAUUGAUCAUCCCCACGUUUUAUUUAAUACCUUUGAAUCUGUGAACUGGGUCUCAGAUUUACUGAAGUACUGUGAGGUUCUUCACCUGAGUAUUUCCAUUUCCGGCUACGUCUACUCCACCACAGUUCAGGUAUACGGUGUCCUUUUACUCCUCUACAUGUAUUUAGUAGCUUUAGUUUAGUACGGAUUACGGUUAGCACGUUUCUCAUUUUUAAUAGUGUAAUAUUUAAAACUUUUACAGCCUGUGUGAAAUCAAACCAAACAGCUGUCCACACAUUACAUUUUAUUUAAUGUUCACACCACAGAUUAAAUAAAGCUUUUAAGACACUAAAGUGAGGAAUAUGUCAGAGUCUUUAACAAUCAACCAAUUCUUAAUAAUCUUCUGUAAUAAAAUAA